AUGAGGGACGUGACCGGAUUUCUACAGCAGCAGCAAAGCCAGAGCUCGUCACCCGAGACGGCCGCGGUGUGGCACCGACUGGAGGAACUCCACAACAAGAAGUUAUGGCAUCAGCUGACUUUGCAACUGCUGGACUUUGUGGAAGAUCCUGAGUGCAUUAAAGGAGAUGGACUUAUCAAGAUUUAUGAAAACUUCAUCAGUGAUUUUGAGCACAGGAUUAACCCAUUGUCUCUUGUUGAAAUAAUCCUUCAUGUAGUGAGACAAAUGACAGAGCCCACAGUAGCACUUAAUUUUCUAGAAAAGACUCGGGAGAAGGUGAAAAGUAGUGAUGAGGCAGUGAUACUGUGUAGAACCGCAAUCGGAGCUCUGAAAUUGAACAUUGGAGAUUUGCAAGCCACCAAGGAAACAAUUGAAGGUGUAGAGGAGAUGCUUGGUGGACUUGCUGGUGUGACAUCUGUGCACAGCCGCUUUUAUGACCUAUCUAGCAAAUAUUACCAGACCAUUGGAAAUCAUGCUUCCUAUUACAAAGAUGCUCUGAGAUUUCUAGGCUGCACAGAUCACAAAGACCUACCAAUACCAGAACAGCAAGAUAGAGCCUUUACGCUUGGUCUGGCUGGAUUACUUGGCGAUGGGGUCUAUAACUUUGGAGAACUGUUGAUGCAUCCAGUAUUGGAGUCGCUCCGUAAUUCUGAUCGGCAGUGGCUGAUAGACACCCUCUAUGCCUUCAACAGUGGCAACGUGGAGACAUUCCGAGCCUUGAAAACAGCAUGGGGACAGCAGCCUGACCUUGCUGCAAAUGAAACACUUUUGCUUAAGAAAAUUCAGCUGCUCUGUUUAAUGGAGAUGACGUUUACACGGCCUGCGAAUCACCGCCAGCUAACCUUUGAAGAGAUAGCAAAGAGUGCACAAGUCAAUGUUAAUGACGUGGAGCUGCUGGUUAUGAAAGCACUGUCUGUUGGUUUGCUGCGAGGCAGCAUUGAUGAAGUAGACAAGCGAGUACACAUCACAUGGGUCCAGCCUCGGGUUCUUGAUCUCCAACAGAUCAAGGGUAUGAAAGACCGUCUAGAGUUUUGGUGCACAGAUGUGAAGAGCAUGGAGAUGUUGGUAGAACAUCAAGCACAUGACAUCUUGACGUAG